AUGGCACCAAUGGAGCUAAAGAAAUUGAAACUACAACUACAGGUGUUGUUGGACAAAGUGUUUAUUGAUGACAUUUUAUUGUACUUCAAAUCUGAGAUGAAACAUGAAGAACACAUGAGAUUGGCACUAAAGAGGCUUCAAGAGCAUCAGUUGUAUGCAAAGAUUGAGAAGUGUGGAUUAUGGUUAGAGAAUGUGGGAUUUUUGGGCCAUAUAGUGUCUAAAGAGGGAGUAGCGGUAGACCCAGCUAAGAUCGAGGCUAUUCGAGAUUGGCUUCAACCUAAGAAUGUAGCAAAGUUUAAGAGCUUCUUUGGAUUGGUGGGGUAUUACAGAAAAUUUGUUGAAGGGUUUUCUAAGAUUGUUGCACCCCUAACCAACUUGACAAGAAAGAAUCAUAAAUAUACUUGGACUGAAAAGUGUGAAGAGAACUUUCAGACCAUGAAGAAUAAGCUUAUAUUAGCUCCAGUGUUGUGUGUACCAAUUGAAGAAGGGAAGUUUGUAGUAUACUGUGAUGCUUCCAAGAAUGGCUUGGGAUGUGUAUUAAUGCAAGACGAUAAAGUAGUGGCUUAUGCCUCAAGACAAUUGAAAGAAUAUGAACAGAGAUACCCUACCCAUGAUUUUGAGUUUGUUGCGAUAUCUAGAGAGAACCAAAAGCUAGGAAGGAAGGAGAAUAAGAGUUUAUCUUCUUUGGGGUCAAGGAAGGAACUCAAGGCUGAACUAGGGGAGAAGUGA